GAGUCAUUGUGAGUGUACACAUUCUGACAGAAUGGUCAUUGUUGCUUUUAGUAAUGGUUUAAAUCGUUGUGUUUCUUUCUAAAAUGGAUUAUUAAUUGGACAAAUUACCAUGUCGUCUGUUAUGGGAAGACCGGAGCUGGCAUCAACGGGAUGUCGGCCCUCAGAUGGAGUUCCUGAUAUGAUCGUCAUCAGUGAUAUCGAUGAAAGAGGGAUCAAUGAAAAUCUACGGACCAGAUAUAAAAAGGACCAGAUCUAUACUUUUACAGGAUCUAUACUGGUUGCAGUGAACCCAUACAAGAGCGUGCCGAUUUAUGAACAGAACCAUGUUGAAGAGUUCAGUGGUAGGAAGCUCUCGGCGAUGGAGCCUCACAUCUUUUCAAUCGCAGAAGCAGCCUUCCAGCGCCUCAACGACAACAACAACACAGACGUUGACGGCAAGACCAACCAGUCGUGUAUCAUCAGUGGGGAGAGUGGGGCUGGGAAGACAGAGAACACAAAGUUCAUCAUGCAGUACCUGUGCUCGGUGACCAAUCACACCUCGUUCUGGGUGGAACAACAGAUCCUUGAGGCCAACACCAUUCUGGAGGCCUUUGGUAAUGCCAAAACAGUCCGAAAUGACAAUUCUAGUCGAUUUGGAAAAUUCGUUCAAGUGUGUUUUGAUGACUCGUGCCAAAUCAAGGGAUGCAUCGUGCAGGAUUAUUUAUUAGAACAGUCCCGAAUCACCUUCCAGUCCAAAAGUGAACGCAACUAUCACGUGUUUUAUCAGUUCAUUGCCGGUGCUGAUGCAGCCCCUGAAAUUCGGGAACGUUACAGAGUCGGGCUAGUGCAAUCUUACUCAUAUCUUAACCAGAGCGGCUGCUAUUCCUUAGACGGAGUGAAUGAUUCCAAUAUGUUCGACCGUCUGCGCCUGGCGCUGAACGUUUUAAACGUUGCUCAAGACAUGAUGGAUGGUAUUUUCUGUAUACUUUCGUCUGUGUUAUGGCUAGGUAAUCUAAAAUUCCAGGAUGUAGAGGGGGAAAAGAGUGAGUUGACUGAAGAUGACAUGGAAAUAGUGGGUUUAGUGUGUGAAUUGCUCGGAUUAAAUGUGGAACAGUUCAUCGAGGCUUUGUUGUUCCGGCAGAUCCAAGUGCGCGGGACAGUGACCAAUAUUCCGUUCAAACACCAGGAGGCCUGCGAAAACCGCCAUGCAAUGGCAAAGUGCCUUUACUCUCGCACAUUUGCCUGGUUGGUUGAUGCUGUCAACAAGUGCACCAACCCCGGCACCUUCCAAUCGCGCUUCAUUGGAAUACUUGACAUCUUUGGCUUCGAAAACUUCAAGGUGAACAGUUUUGAACAACUAUGCAUCAACUACACCAAUGAAAAGCUGCAUCGGUUCUUCAAUCACUAUGUGUUUGCACUUGAACAGGAUGUGUACCGCCAAGAGGAGAUCGCUUUUGAACAUAUUACCUUCACAGAUAACUCCAAGUGUGUGGAGCUGAUUGAAAAGCCACCGAGAUGUGUUCUGAAGAUGCUGGAUGAGGAAUGUCGGUUCCCACAGGGCACGGAUGAGUCCUACCUGAACAAGCAGCACCAGGAGCUGGAGGACCACUCAUACUACAUCAAGGGAACCGACAGACGCACCUGGAAAACCGAGUUCGGGAUCAUGCACUAUGCUGGCGCAGUGACGUAUGCGGUGGCGGGAUUCCUGGACAAGAACAAGGAUGUUCAGCAGGACCAGCUGUUUGAAAUGAUGCAAAACUCCACGAAUGUGUUUGUCAAGGAUCUCACUAGAUUUCAGGAUCUGUUGGGUGUAAGGCUGGAGGAUCUAGGUGGGAGGCAGACCAUUUCCCGUACUACCCGCGGGAAACCCACCGUUGGAGACACCUUCAAACACCAGCUGUCUGCCCUUGUAGACAUUCUCUCCACUACAAACCCAUGGUAUGUAAGAUGCAUCAAACCCAACAGCACCAAGAAGCCAAACAGCUACAUUGAUGAUGACGUCAUUGUACAGCUGCGGUACUCUGGAAUGCUAGACAUCAUCAGAAUUAAACGGGAGGGUUACCCAGUGCACGUGCCUUUGGAAACAUUCCUGGACAAGUACUCAUGUCUGCUUACCUCAAGAUCCCUUGGAGCUGACCCUAGGUCAGAGGUCAAGGCCAUACUGGACUCACUGAACCUGCCUAUAACUGACUGGCAGGCAGGGAAAACAAAGGUGUUUAUGAAGAACUCUGUGUUUGAGCCGCUGGAAGAACGCAGGCAUGAAUUUCUCAGGAAGAAUGCUGUCAUUAUUCAGAAGAUUUGGCGAGGCUAUGCCAAAAGGAGAGAUUACAUACAACUUCGUGAGGCAACCAUCAUCAUCCAGACGUCAUAUCGCGCAUUCCGUCAUCGCAUUGUGUUUCUUCGGAAACGGAAGGCGGCAAUUCGGCUGCAGUGCCAAGUGCGAGGUAUGCGGGCGCGCCGUCUGGCGGCCGAGUUACGAGAGAAGAAACACAUCGAGGAGGAGCGACUUCGCAGGGAACAGCUGGAGCGUGAACGAGCGCUACGUGAGAAAGAGGCUGCAGACGAGCAGAGUAUUGAAGAGUCUCUCAAAGAGUCCCAGAACGAGUUGAACUCUCUGACACAACUCAUCGAGUCAAUGUGGACGCACUACGAGCCCACCGUCUCCCCUAACAACCUCAACCUCGACGAAAUGUUCUCCUUUCUCCGGGAAGAACGCGCCAAUGACCAGAAAAGUGGGAAGAACAAGACCUUGGACGAGAUAACGGAUGAACUCAACGAGCUGAACGAUCUCUUAACACAGGAUAUGGAAACUGCCGCAGUUCCUGUGUUUUCAUUUGAUGAAGACUUUGAGGAGAAGCAGGAACAGGAGUGGCAGAGCCGUCAGUCCCGUGAGGGAAGCAUUGACAACCUGCCACCACCACCAGAACUGUCAGCCUCAACAGAGAACCUUGUUCUAGAGGACAUCCUGCCCCCGCCCCCUGUGGGAGCAGACAAUAUCCCAAGACCACCUCCACCACCACUUCCCGCCAAGGUUGGCCCUCAUCCACCUCCACCUCCCCUACCCCUGGACCAGAAUGGAUUCAUCCCACCUCCUCCCCCGUUCCCACCACCAGACAAUGCCCAGCCUCAUUUACGCCAAGUAGAUCGCACACAUCCCCCACGCCCUCCUGUCAGGAGAGACAGCCAACUUUCCACAGACCGAGACAGUGUGAUCAGCAUAAAUCGGUCCUCCUCAAUCACCUCGUCUGAAUAUCAGGACAUACAGAAUGCCAUAUCUGAGAUAGAGAACAUUGACUACGAGUCCUUCAUGCCUCCGCCAGUCUUGCCUCCUCCACCUACAAUACCUGCUCCGCCCCUGCCCCCUGGUGUAGGAAUGUCCCAGCAAGCCAAAGAAAAACUUAUGCUCAAAAAGAGCUUGUCCAUCGAGGUGCCAGACCAUAUGAAUCAGAACAAACUGCAAGUUCAAGCCCCUAGCAAUGUGGAAACACUGUCGCCCAAGAUGGCUGAUAAGCUGAACACCCUCUUGCACGGCCCGGAUGGUGGCCCAAUCCCCAAUGGGAUGACCCCAUUGACCCCUCCAGCCCCUCUAAGCCCCAUAUCGGAUGGGGGUGGAGAGUUUGGGGAUGCAUAUGACAUGCUGGAGUACGCUGAGAAGCACUUCAAUGAUCACCCUAAGGACAUAAGCGGGACUCUGAUGAAGAGCUUGAAGAAUAAGAAGUUCUCAGAGAAGGACAUCUUGGGUAAAGAUCAGAUGUUGAAGUUUUGCAAGUCUGGAUUGAUCGCCACAUCACACGUGAAAAUACACGACACAGAAAAUGUCUUCCUUGCCUGCAACAUAUUCAAGGAUAUCACAAAAUGCCUGAAGGAAGAUGUCAAGGAUGAUUCAGCACCGCUUGUGAUCCAGACAGUCAUCCGGCAUGGCAUCGAGCGUAUUGAGCUCCGGGAUGAGAUUCUUGUGCAGCUUAUCCGGCAGACGACGGAAAACCCUGACGACAACAGCCUGGUGCUGGGAUGGCUGUUCUUGUGUCUGUGCACUGCUUCCUUUGCGCCUAGCAAAAACUUGCAUAAGUAUAUGGUGUCCUACGCAAAACGUCACUGUCAACACCUGCUGGUGGGCAAGUACGCUCAUCAGUGCGUGAAGCAGGUCACAGUCCCACGGGCCAUGGCGCGCAAAAACCCACCAUCCAAUGCAGAAAUCAUGAGCAUGCGUAACCUGUCGCCACUGGUCUGCAAAGUUCACUUCAUGGAUGGGAAGAUGAAGGCGGUCAGCAUCAUGCCAUGUGACACAACACACGAUGUCCUCUCAAAAGUGGCCAAGAAGAUUGGCUUGCAGUCUGUUGAGGGAUGGGCCAUUUACGAAGUUACAACUGAGUAUGAGCGCUAUAUCCGGGCAUAUGAGUACGUGGCUGAUGUGCUGGCCCACUGGGAAAUAUCAGAGAAACAAUCUGCCCUGCCGUCUAAGUAUGAGACCGUGUCCAAGAAGGGGCCCAAAAUGGCCCUGGGAGGUACAGAUGCAAGACUGAUCUUCCGCAAGCGUGUGUACCGACAGGUUCAUGACAUUCCAAAUGAUCCAGUGGAGUACCACCUACUGUAUGCAGAGGCUGUCAACAAAGUCGUUAAGGACGAGUUCUCUGUGUCGGAGCGCGUGGCUCUGCAGUUGGCCGGUCUGCAAGCCCAGGUGGUGCUAGGGGCCUACCAGGACAACAAGCUGCAGCGGUACAAGGAGGUCGAACAGUACAUUUGCAGGCGCAUUCUGGCGCUUAGCAACCAGGACUGGAGCGCGCAGCUGGCUGCAGCUCACAAGAAAUAUGGCACAGGAAAGUCGGAACUUGAGGCCAAGGUAUGGUAUCUGACCUGCGUGAAGCAGUUCCCCCUUUAUGGCUGCACGCUGUUCCCGAUAGUCCACAAGGGCCUCUGGCCCCACGCACACGACGCCCUCCUUGCCGUCAACAUGGAUGGAGUGAAGUUUAUCAGGGCCAAGGACAAAUGUGUUCUUCACGACUUUAAGUAUGUGGAGAUUGAGUCAAUUUCGCUGGAUCCAAAUGAUAAUUAUGUUACCAUGGAGCUUAAGAACGGAGUGCAGGCUGAAUGCCCUCAGCGAUGUUUCAUGUUUGAGACAAAUCACAAGGAAGACCUUGGGAACCUGAUUGCUAGCUACUCUCCUGUGCACGCAGCCUGGCUGAAGCCAGACUAUGAAGGCGUUAAAAAGCAUGGACGCAUGUUUGACAUUAUGAAGAUGACUGAUGAAGAGAAGUUGAAGCUAUAUGAAGAUCUGGUGCGUGCGCGUCGCAGCCUGUCUGAGACACGCCUUCUUCACAGACCCAUACAGGACAGGGACUCGAGCUUCUUACGGAACACACUCAGAAGAAUCACAAAGUCCAAGAUGGAGCGUCUGCGGAGCUGUUAUGCGGGUGGCAACAUCGGCAUGUUUGACGUUAGCUACUGGUCGUUCAGUAAGGUGGCGCUCAAACAGUGCCUCACGACGAUGCAGGACCUCGCGGUGGAGGAGCUCUCACUGAAAGUCUUCAACUCUUUACUGAUCUACUCUGGAGUCAUUGAGUCAGGAGAGUACGCGUCGGUUGACCACACAGAGAUGAUCCAGACUGUGAUGCAGAAGUGUCUGGAGAGUGAGGCCCUUUGUAACGAGUUCUACCUGCAGUUGAUCAAGCAGACCACGGACCAUCCAGAGCCCAACAGUAACGUCAACAAGCGCAACUGGCAGCUGAUGUGUGUAGCAACCAGCUGUGUUGUCCCUAGCAACAGCCGAGUGAUGAAGUACCUGAACUGCCAUCUGAGGAAGUGCUCUCUGGAUACAACCACAGAGGAGGGCAAAUACGCACGAUUCUGCAAUAAGUGUUUGACACGGACACAAGAGAAAAAGUGUCGCAAAUUCCCGCCCUCUGCCAAAGAAAUUGAGUGUGUGAUAGCCCGCAAGCCUAUCAAUGAGAAGGUGUUCUUCCUGAACGGGGACAACCGUAUCAUCGAGUUUGAUGCAGCUGCAACUUGUGGAGAGCUGAUUAAGACAGUGAAGGCUAAGAUUGGCAUGAGAUCAGACGCUGAGUGCUUUGCCCUGUACGAGGUGACACCUGGCACAUCAGAUCGGUGCAUGAAUCAUGACGAGAGAAUGUCAGACACUCUCAGCAAGUGGGAGAGAAUCUGCAAAGGGGCCUCAACCAGGGAGAUGAAACUUGUCUUCAAGAAGCGUCUGUUCAUUGACCCGUACCUGAAUCCCAUUGACCCAGUGGAGUGUGACCUGAUAUUCCACCAGCUCAUAGAAGACGUGUUUGAAAACCACGCCCCAAUCACUCCACAGGAUGCAGUACGUCUUUGUGCCUUGAAAAUCCAGUCAGAGAGUGAAGAAAUUAAACCCGGUGACAUUGACUACAGUUCGGUGAUGCGUAUCCUUCCUCGCGAGAUGCGUCCGCACGUGAGGCUCGAGGAUGUUGUAAUCCUGCAUAAGUCCAUGUCUGACCUGAUGCCCGGCCAGGCUGUUCUGCAGUUUAUAGAGGUCCUCAAACAAUGGCCACUCUUUGGUGCUGCAGUGUUUGAAAUAUCUCAAGCGUACACAUCAUCCCUGCCCAAGUCCCUCCUCCUGGCUGUGGAUCAGACCGGGGUCCAUCUACUGGAGUCUAAGACCUUCCGGGUGAUCCACUCAUACUCGUACACUGACAUGCUGCAGACCAGUCCUGCAAUCAACAGUAUCAUGCUCAUCGUGGGCGACAUGGCCAAGGGGACUAAGUACAUGUUCCAGACCAAUCAGGCGUCCCAGAUUGCUCACCUGAUCAAGGAGUACACAGAAGAGCUGAAGGGUCGAUCACUGAUUGUCCCCCCUGAGAAAAUGGACGCCUCAAUGAUCAAGAAGGCGUGUCGGUCCAGUGUGUUCAUAGACUCAUAUGAUGAGGAGAUGUUUUCGGCCAUGUUGUCGAACAAAACGUAACAUUGUGUAUAGACUCACUCCAAUGCCAUGACAGCUGUGGUUUGAAUAUUUAAAUGUGUGCAGUAUUAUUUUGUGGGGAUAUUUCGGACAUGGAAGUUUGAACAAAUAAGAUUUGUGUCUUGAAAUUAAUUUUUAUGUAAAAUUAGGUAAGAUUAAGUUGUUCCUUUGAAAACUGGAUUUUGUUUUGAUCUUAAAGUACAAUAUUACAAUUAUAAUGUUAUAAAUGUGUAAUAAAUGAUUAUAUGUCCAGAUUUAAAACAUAAAUUUUUUCUCCUUUUAUUUAGAUAAUGUGUUUUUAUAUAUAAAUUUUAAUACAGGAAUCAAAAAGAAAUUGAAUGAACUUUAACUAUGUAAAUCAUAAUAUUUGUAAUAUGGCCCUUUUUUGUAUUCUCUGAAUUAUUUUUCUGUUUUAUCUGAUUGAAUUAUUUACUCUGAGAAUCUCCCUUUUUGAUGUUCUCUGUCUAUGCAUGCACACUUCGUCUAUGCCUAUUGUAACAUGUGUAACAUGUAAACAUUAAACACUUCAUGUUGUAUUGUAUGUGCAAUUGCUAGUCAUUACUCUAUGUAUAUUUAAUAUUUUUUUAUAUAUAAUGCUGAGUAAUAUUAGUUCUUUUGAAGACUUCAUUUGCAAUAAGUCCUCAUCAUCAUUUUAAUAUGUUUGUUUUAUUUAUAAAUUAUCAAGCAUCAAGCUGCUGCUAAAGGAAGCUGCAAGAAGACCCACUUAAUGUCCAAUCGUUUAUGUUAAUCAGGCAUUUCCAUAUAAACACAAAACUGUGAUUUGUAUUGUACAAUGUCAGUUUGUACGAAAGUUAAUCAAUAUUAGUUUGAUUUGAAUAAUAUUGAGCCAUGAAAAUCGCUCUUCAUAAGUCAUGGCAUGUCCACAAUAAUCAUCAAAAUGCACUUUAUUUUACAGUAGACUGGUUCUACAUUUUUAUUCAUGUACCACCUUCUCACUCCAUGUAUAGAGAGUAGUUACUUUUAUACAUAAAAUUACAACCUAUCAUGUGUUUGAUAUGAAACGUUUUUUAAUGAAGUAAUUUUUACACUUGAACUGGAAAAAAAUAUCAUGUAAUCAUAUCCUUUAAGCUCACCUGAGCACAACAUGCUAAUUGUGAGAUUUGUUUUUGCCUUUAGUCAACGCUGUGUCAUGCACCGUCAACCUUUGUGCCAUCAAGGUCAAAUGCCUUGAAUUGCCUUCAUGAAAUUUGGUGAGAACAUUUUUGCAAUGAUAUCUUGGCCAAGUGCCAACCUGGGACAUUAAUUGGGUCUAAAUAAGUGUGACUUUUCAAAUUCAAUGAAACGUUUGUGCACAAUUGUCUCAUUAUUGCCCAACUUUUAUGGAACAUAGUGAAACAUGGUGAAAGCAUAUUUCAUUGGUUAGUACUGUAUCAAAUUUAGCUAAAUUGUACUUAACAAUUCAGAUGAGCGGUUAUAAGAUCCUCAACUAUACAAUUUUAUAUGAAUCUUUUAUACUUGUUUUCACUCUAAAAAUACUCGUUUUUGCUUGUAUUUUGCAUAUAUUUUAACAUUAUAUGAAAUAAAAUUUGAAUUAUUUCUUA